AUGGCAGCAGUUUCAAGCCAAGAUGAUGAUGAUGCUGAUGCUGAUAAAUCCAAUGAUGGUUCCUUUGAAUCCGCAUUGAAUGCCUUGUUCUCACCUUUGCAUCAGUCGACCACCAAGGAAGCCAUUGCCAAGGCGGCCCAGAGGCGUACCUCAACGGUGAACGACAUGCGCCUCUAUUGGAGUUGUUUGUCCGAUGUGCCGCAGAAGCCAAACAAGAGGAAGAUGAUUCACAUUACGGGGACCAAAGGAAAGGGAUCGACGGCGUGUUUUUGUGAGAGCAUUGUGAGAACCCAUGGAUGUUCGACGGGUCUCUUUACGAGUCCUCAUUUGAUCGACAUACGGGAACGCAUUCGAUGGAAUGGAAGGCCAGUGCAUGGAAAUAUCUUUUCCAAUGCCUAUUGGAAGAUUCGACGCGACUUGGAGGCAUCCAUUACAAAGUUGGAAAACGAGGAUCUUCCAGUCUUGCCAGGAUACUUUCGAAUGUUGACGCUGAUGGCCUAUUACAUUCUGGAAGUAAUGCUCGAGGUGGAUGUGCUGAUAAUAGAGGUUGGAAUGGGAGGGAGAUAUGAUGCUACCAACUUUUGGGAUGUGACGGACGAUAGCGCAGUAGUUUGUGGCGUCACAAAACUAGAUUUGGAUCACACUCGCAUUCUAGGAAAUACUGUAGAACUUAUUGCUUGGGAAAAAGGUGGAAUAUUCGCCCGUGAUAAGGCUGAUACGGUCAAGAUAUCUUCCAAGCAAGUGACAAGAAUUGAACAGGAAUCCGAUGAAACCGGUGCUGAGAAAUCUGCUUCCAACUACCAACCACCUGGUGGUGCCUUUCUAUUGGACAGCAAUACUCCAGGAGUGAUUGCCAUGUUUCAAUCCUGUGCGAAAAUAGAAGGUUGUGGACGACUCGACUUGCUACUCGUGGACGCCACGGGAGCUCGACUUGUAAAAGCACUGAAUGGGCGUCCUCUAGGCUUGGCAGGGGAACAUCAAUACGGCAAUGCCACUCUGGCAGUGCACCUGUGUCAAGCCGUGUUACCAGAAGACAAUAUUUCCAUCGAAAACCCAAAAACAAUAGAAGGCGUACAAUCGGCACAAUGGCCAGGUCGCUGUCAAGUAUUGGAACGACAGCCUUGGACGUACUUGUUGGACGGAGCCCAUACGUUGGAUUCCAUGACUGCCACGGUCGACUUCUUCUCGCAGCAAGUCAAGCAAAACGAAGAGUGUGUACUCAUCUUUAACUGUAGUCAUGAGCGCAACCCGAUCGAAUUGCUUCGAUUGUUGCUACCAAUUUCCAUUUCCAAGGUGUACUUUGCCAAAAGUGAUUCCUCACGGCCAUCUCCCGUGGCAGUACCCAAUGCAAAAUUGUUAUUACAAGACCAAGGCAUUGCAAUCCAAUCCGAACUUUUAGAAGAGGAUGAAAAGCCUACAUGGCAAGAAACCUUGGCAUCUGUUUGGAAGCACUUGACGGCCGAAUGGGGCUCAUCCACCGCGAUAAGUUGCAACUCGAGUGCUCGAAUGGUUUUGGAUGAUCUAAACGCGAAUUACAAGCCAUCCAAAGUGCUAGUGACUGGCUCCUUAUACCUAGUUGGAUCCAUUCUGACGACAGUAGAAUGGACCGAAGAAUCAUCUCCAGACAUUGGCAAUCCAUUAUAA